CUUCUCCCGACCGACCGCAGAGUUCCGACCCGAAGUUCAGAGUUGGGGCCCCUCCCCCCUUCGUUCGCCUCUUCGGCUCCAUCUUCCGCCAAUUGUGACCCGAAGAACCCGCCGCCCCGACGGCCAGUCGCUGGCUAGAGGCAGCGGCAGGGAACGGCUCAGUGAAUGAAGGCCGCCUCUGCCCCUAGUUGACACCGCGUGCACCUCCUCCGGCGCUCCCGGGCGCGCCUGUAACCUGCUGAGGGCGGUCGCGGCCUCCGCGAGGCGCGGCGGGGGUCGAAGGACGACAGAAGCCACGCGGCGGCCCUUGGGCUUAGGCUGGCGGUGAGGCAGCGGGCAGCGAGACUCCGCCGCAGUGGCACUCCCUGCAAAGCCGCCACCGCGCCGGGCGCCGCCUGCCCACCGGUCCCCUAGCAGGCGGCAGGUCAGUGGGUCCGUCCCGCUCCAGGCUGCGCGGGACGCGGGGUAGCCCGCCAGCCUGCUGCGGCCGGCUGUGAUUGUCGCGUGACGCGGCGUGGCCCCGCGCGUGCAGCUAAGGUGCGGACCCACCCACUCGCCGGUCCAGUCGCCCGACGGAGCGCUGCUGCUCGCUGCUUUCAAGCACGAGAUCCUCACAAGAAGCCAAGCAGAUGCCAGCACCAUACUUUUGGACUUCCCAGACUCCAGAACUCUGGAAAUAACUGACCAGUCCUCCCUCUGUGCCCCAUCCCCUGCUGUGACCAUGGAGACACUCAGUAGCUGCCAGACUGCUGCCUUCUCAGAGCUGGUGCCCAAUGGUUACCCUGCUCAGGCCUUCCCAGACUGCCCUGAAGUAGAAGGCCUAACCAGGGAAAUGGGGCUGGAGGAGCUGGAGGAGUCUGAGCAGUGUAACCAGGGUGAACUGAAUCCCAGGGAAGAGAGUGGUGGGAACAAGAAGAAAACCAAAGUCAACAGAAUAUGGAAUUUUGUCAGCCGCAGAAAAGGGACUGCUAGCCAGGGGAAGCGCCCUCAGUCCAUGAUCGUACUGGGAGACAGCGCCAAGCCAUCAGAGAUGAAACCCAAAGUCACAUUCAUGGAUCGAAUGAAAUCAUUUAAGAGGCUGAAGACUUCAGCUGGAUCCUCCAGGAAUACGCCCCCUAAGAACAGUAAGACCCAGGAUCAACAGGAGGCCACAGAUAUCUACCGUAUCAGGAAGGCUGAGGAAGCCCCAAAACCCUUCCGCCAUUCCUACGCAGGUCACAUAGAGGGUCAGGAACCCUUUGUCACAGAUGUGCAGGAACUGGUGCAAGCCCCCAAGAGGGUGAGCCAGAAGUUACUUGCCUUUGACGACUUUGGCAUCCAAGUGGAGGAAAGCUCCUGGGAGGAUGAGGCCCCUGGGCAGCUAAGUGGUGACAGGCAAGCCAGAAGCUGCCAGAAAAUCACAUUUCCCAGGAGUCAUGAGGCCCCACACACAUGGGCCGAAGACACCAGAGUCGGAGAGCUUGACACUACCAUCAGGAGAUCUACAUUGGAAGGGGAAGUGGAGGGCAGCUCUGAGGAGAGCCGUGGACACCAGCGCCGAGACAAGGCUGCACCUUUUGGUGUUGUCAUCAAAUUCUUCAGCAAUGUGGCUGAGGUAGCCCGCAAGUGGAGGGCAUUUUCUCGUGAGGAGUCACAGUUGGGCCGCCACCGCCGUGAGUCCUACUUCAGUGGCUGCAGUGAUGGCUUCAUCCUAGAGGGCACUGCUUCUGGAGCUGCCUUCCCACUCAAUCUGUCUUGUGUUGCUACUGAGGCCACACUGUGGGGCAGUGCCUCAGAGAGGCACCGUCGCCACCGAAAGGCCUCGCAGGCCUCGUGCACUUUUGAGAUGAGCAUUGAGGGAGAGGAGAUACCAGGCCAGGGCCUAGCAGGUCCUUGCACUACUGCCACCUCUGCGGCAACCUCAACUGUCUUUGAGUUUCAGGAUGACCCAUCACAGCACAAUGUCCAUGGCCACAGCUACUGCCGUACCUUCACCAGGGAGAACUCCUCUUCAGAAGAGCUUGAGGGAGACACUGAGACUGUGGUCAGCUUCCUCAAGGAAGAUGACAGUUUUGGUGAGUCCCCUGAACUGAGUGUGUGUGCCAGGAAGGUCACCACUAAGGCUGUCACAGAGAAACUGGAAGAGAAACUCAAUGACAUGAAGGAGCAAGAGGAUGGCAGGGGGCCCAAGGGGUCCAUCCAGGCCAGGCAGCCCCAGAAGCCUGAAUUGGAAAUGGGUGCAGGGGACACAGAGGGCAAAGCCAGCAAGGCCUGCGCUGGAGUCUGCGGUGCUCAGGUUUUCUUUCCUCCAGCAGAACCACCACCUAGGACUCCACCACUCAAAAUCCUCCUCGAAAAAUGCUACUCUUUGCCCAUCUCACAGAGUAUCCCUCUGGAGCUAGACCAAAUAGGCUGGAGGAGACCCAUGAUAUUUUGCACUGGUAACUUGAACCAGGGUUCAAAGACACUAGAAAGCCGCAAGAAUAUUGGUGGAUACUGGAAGCUCCAGGGACCAGGAAACAAGCCAGUUAAUGAACUGAUCACUGGAGAUUCCAUCGUUAGUGCUGAGGCAGUAUGGGAUCACGUCACCAUGGCCAACCGGGAGUUGGCAUUUAAGGCUGGCGACGUCAUCAAAGUCUUGGAUGCUUCCAACAAGGAUUGGUGGUGGGGCCAGAUCGACGAUGAGGAGGGAUGGUUUCCUGCCAGCUUUGUGAGGCUCUGGGUGAACCAGGAGGAUGGGGUGGAGGAAGGGCCCAGUGAUGUACAGAAUGGGCACCUGGACCCCAACUCAGACUGCCUUUGUCUGGGCCGGCCACUACAGAACCGGGACCAGAUGCGGGCCAACGUCAUCAAUGAAAUCAUGAGCACUGAGCGUCACUACAUCAAGCACCUCAAGGACAUUUGUGAGGGCUACCUGAAACAGUGCCGAAAGAGAAGGGACAUGUUCAGCGAUGAGCAACUGAAGAUAAUCUUUGGGAACAUUGAGGACAUCUACAGGUUUCAGAUGGGCUUUGUGAGAGACCUGGAAAAACAGUACAACAAUGAUGACCCCCACCUCAGCGAGAUAGGACCCUGCUUCCUGGAGCACCAAGAUGGAUUCUGGAUAUAUUCUGAGUAUUGUAACAACCACCUGGAUGCGUGCAUGGAGCUCUCCAAGCUGAUGAAGGAUAGCCGCUACCAGCACUUUUUUGAGGCCUGCCGCCUACUGCAGCAGAUGAUUGACAUUGCUAUCGAUGGUUUUCUUUUGACUCCAGUACAGAAGAUCUGCAAGUAUCCUUUACAGUUGGCUGAACUUCUCAAGUAUACUGCCCAAGACCACAGUGACUAUAGAUAUGUGGCAGCUGCUUUGGCUGUCAUGAGAAAUGUGACUCAGCAGAUCAACGAACGCAAGCGACGUUUGGAGAAUAUCGACAAGAUUGCCCAGUGGCAGGCCUCUGUCCUAGACUGGGAGGGCGAGGACAUCCUAGACAGGAGCUCGGAGCUGAUCUACACUGGGGAGAUGGCCUGGAUCUACCAGCCCUACGGCCGCAACCAACAGCGGGUCUUCUUCCUGUUUGACCACCAGAUGGUCCUCUGCAAGAAGGACCUAAUCCGGAGAGACAUCUUGUACUACAAAGGCCGCAUUGACAUGGAUAAAUAUGAGGUGGUUGACAUUGAAGAUGGCAGAGACGAUGACUUUAAUGUCAGCAUGAAGAAUGCCUUCAAGCUUCACAAUAAGGAGACUGAGGAGAUACAUCUGUUCUUUGCCAAGAAACUGGAGGAGAAAAUACGCUGGCUCAGAGCUUUCAGAGAAGAGAGGAAAAUGGUACAGGAAGAUGAAAAAAUUGGCUUUGAAAUUUCUGAAAACCAGAAGAGGCAGGCUGCAAUGACUGUGAGAAAAGUCCCUAAACAAAAAGGUGUAAACUCUGCCCGCUCAGUUCCACCUUCCUACCCACCACCGCAGGACCCGUUAAACCAGGGCCAGUACCUGGUCCCCGAUGGCAUCGCUCAGUCGCAGGUUUUUGAGUUCACCGAACCCAAGCGCAGCCAGUCGCCAUUCUGGCAAAACUUCAGCAGGUUAACCCCCUUCAAAAAAUAAUACCUACAGGGAGGCAGAUAAUUUUAAAAUAAAGUAAAUAAAAUUAUAUUUAUAGAUGGACCUUUUUUCGGAGAAGCACUGUUGAAAUUUAUAUAUACAUGCAUACAUACAUAUAUACAUAUAUAUGGUCAUACACAGAGACUCUUGAGUGUACAUGCACACACACAUGCACAUGCAUAAACACACACACAAACACACAAACACACAUACACACACACAUAGAGAAGGACCAAAAACGUUUUCUGUUGUUUUUGGGAAGUAAAAUCUGUAGUUGAUAGGAAGAGGUACCAAUGACUUCCAAACAUGUGAUCCCUUCUUAAAAGUUUUCAGUUCUUACCUGUUCCCCUCCUCUUUUCUUUCAGAAAUUAACAUUUCUAUUUGUUUCUUUUCUUGUUCAGAUAAUCUCUUUGCUCUCCUGUGAGUGAUUCACUGACUUGUCAUUAUUACCAUAGAUGUAUUUGUAUUGUUUUUUUUUUUUCUUUCCUGAUGAUACUGAUGCUGAUGACUUUUGAAUUUCAUUUGAUGUGGUGGAGUUUGGGAGUUUGGGAUUUCUAUUUUUCCCUCUUCCACUCUUUACUGAGGAAGGGGAGGAUCCCCUUUCUCCUCUCCCUCAGCCAAGCAUUUGCGAAUGUCCUUGCAGCCCUGCAAUUGCUCCAAAUAGCCUUUCCCCAGCAUCCUCUACCCUCAGUUGUGCUGGUCUGGACAUGCUCUGUUGUGCCCUGUGACAUCACUGCUUGAUAUUCUAUUGCUUUCACUGUGUUUUAGGUGUUGUAGAGGGAUCAAAAAAACAAACAGAAGCAAGAGAGUGUCAGAGUAUGAUGAUUGUAGAAAGGACUUCUGUUAAUUGAAACAUUCUGCAAUAGGACUGUUUCUUCUAGCACUGGGGAUUCCCAUGGUAUAACACUGCUGGGUCAUUGCAGUUUUGCAUCUGGGAGUUAGUUCGAGCCAAUUAUUCUUUUUCAAGCCGCCUUUGUUAUGAGUUUCCUCCUAGGCCUGUCUCCCCCCGCACUCCCAGCCCAGAAGAUCUGAACUGGAAGCAAAGAGGUUGAGACUCUGCCUCCUGAGGGAAGGAUUUAUCUUCCCCACUCAGUACCAAGUAGGUGUAAGGUAGAGCUCCCUACAGCAGUCAUUUCAAUGUCCUGUUCACCCCUGUUCCUAUUUGCAAAUUUUUAAGGCAGAAUUUAUAGGAAUCCAUGGAAGGGUUCAAGUCAGAACCUGCUUGACCAAGAUCAUUAGCUGCCUGUCAAAUUAUUGAGAGUCCAAGGCUGACAGUAAGCCCUUUCAGGAAAGAACAGGGAUGGGCAUGGAAAGAGACAGCCUUGACCCAGACGUUGUACUUGCAGUUCCUACCAUCCAGUUGUGCAAAACUUCCCCUAUUGUUAGUAAAUUGCAUGGACAAUCUUCCCACUCUUCUUCCUUCCAUCCCCUGUCUUCUUUCUUCCUCUAGCCCUCCUAACGCAGGAGGAUUUCUGGUGUUCACAUACUGACAGCAGUUCUGGCACUUGAAGGGCCUCAUUCCAGUAUCCUCCCAUGCCAGGACAUUGAGGCAAGUGAGUGAGGGGCCUAGGGGAUACUUCUUCUCUAGACAAAGAGUCUGAGACAGACACUCUACCCUCGGACUCAUUUUUGGUAGGCUUUCCACUUGGCAGAACUAACUUCUUCCACAAAGAAGCAGGGUCUCUAUGGGUGUAGGAGUAGCUGUCUCUCCUCCCUAUGUGGCCCCUUGGCAUAUACAGACCUUGAACAGCCAGGAGAAUGGGGUAUAAAUGAAUGAGGAUGGGCCCUGCUGUGGAAGGCAACUCUACCAAGGAAUCUGGAGAUUGUAAGUCUUCCUUGGACCCCACAGGAGACUUCAUCACCAAAAGAUCUCAGUUUAUCAAGCAGCAGCCAUGGCUACAUGAGGAAUUCAGCUUAGCUGGCUUUUUUAUUGCCUCCUGACUCAGACCAGGCCCUAUCCAGCCUGGAAAUCUUUCCUCUGUGGGAGUUAAAUUACAAGCUCUUAAGGCUUCCAUUUCACCAUAUCCAAGUCAGACUUGUAGAGUAAAUCAAGGAUAAGCCUCAUCUGGGCAGAGGUCAGGGCUCGGGACUGGCCACCACUGCUCAGCACAUAACCUAGCUACUUACACUCCCUUGGCAAGAGACCUGGUAUCGAGCACUCAGGCUAAAAUGUCCUCCCUGGCAAACAGACUGUUUCAGUAGCUGUGCAGGCCUCCCUUUAGUGUACCCUCCCCCCUCACUUUCCUACUUUCCACUCCACCUCACUAGACUUGGCUUUGAUGUGUUUCUCCAGGAGUUGGAGGCACAUCAGGAAGGGAUGCUUGGACAAGUCACUGGGCCUACAACACCUUUUCACUCCCCUCCCACCCUGAGGCCUGUGCCCAGGGCUCCAGAUCAGGGAUAUUAACCUCUCACUCCCUAUUUCUCCACCCAACCCACUGACAAUACCAAAUGGCAGCAUUUGUGAAAGCAACAAGAAAUCAGCUUUCUGUUGGUUGGAGUGUCCCCAAAGCCUAUGGCAGCAAAGCAAACCUGUGGUCAGCAGCCCAAAAGGAAUCCAUUCAUUACCUGGGCUCAGUGCCCAAACCUAUGUGUCCCCAAAGCAAUGCUACUCCCAAGAACUUGAUAAUUCUCCUCUGUCUCUGCAUGGCCCUGAGCUCCCAUUUCCUCAACUCAAUGAGGCCUGGAUUUGCUCUACAAAAGGCUUUGCUAGUGUGUUCUAUUGGCCCUGCUGUGGGGAAGUCUUAACACAGAAAUACAAUUCUUUCUCUCUUCUUCUGUCCCCCUCUCUAUAUGUGUAUAUCUCUAAUGGGUCUAUAAGGACAGCAACAAGAGAGUUCCAACAAUUCUAGUGUGAGGCCAAUAGUGAUCUUUUAGUGCUUUGGGGGUGGGGUGGGCUGGGGUGGAUGGAUGGGCAACAGUGAAUCUGAUUACCCCUGCUGCUCUGCAUUUGCCAGUUUAUUCUUUUGUUUCUUCUAUUUGACUGUUUGACCCUGUCAAACAAGUGUCAAAGUUGUGUGUUUAAAAAAAUGUUUAACAAAAAAAGAUGUUGUAAUGACACAAAGCCUUAUGAAAAUAUUUAUGGAGUUCAAUAAAAGAAGUAAAAAGACACCCUCCAGG